AUGCCCGUUGUUGCUGGGAUGCGCGGUGGCCUUGCUGGACGCCUGCCCUUGGCCCCUACUGACCCCUGUCUCCUUCCUUCCGCAGUUGUCCGAGGCUCCAUCCAGGACGUCACCCACGAGCCAGAGCGUCAGGAGUCGGCCAUCCACUUGCGAGUGGACAAGCUGUACCGGCAGAAGGGCAGGGUCUUCCAGCCGGCUCCCGAGGGCGACAGCCACUGGCAGGGGCACGUCCUGACACUGCUGGAGUGUGGCGUGCGGCCGGGGCACGGUGACUUCCUCUUCACCGGCCACAUGCACUUUGGGGAGGCGCGGCUUGGCUGUGCCCCACGCUUCAAGGACUUCCAAAGGAUGUACAGGGACGCCGAGGAGAGGGGGCUGAACCCCUGUGAGAUCGGUGCAGAGUGACCACAGGGUGACCCGGGGCAUCACCCCCUCUCCUGAUAAGCCACUGCAGGCUGCCGCGGAUGCUCGAAUCCUGCUGGGGGCCGCACGCUGGGGUCCGCACGCCCCGGUGCUGGCUGGGCCCUGGUGUUCAGCUGUGGAGGUUCAUGCCACGUUUGACCCCACAAGGUCUCAGCUGAGGAUGCCCUGAUCAAUUGGAAAUGCUGUAAAAUGCAAACUAAGUUAUUACAUUGUUUUUGUAAAAAGGAAAUGCCCACAGGAAACAAAUUCCCAUGUCCUAAAAUGCCUUGGUGUGCCAUUUAAUAUUGUGUUUUUAAACACAUCUUAAGUCACUGCAUUUGGGCUGUGUGUUGGGUGGAGUGCCAGCCCGCGGGGCACGGUGGGUGGUCAGCGAGGCUUCGGGAAAAGCCUGGGUACCGUUCAAGGCUGUUAUUCUUAUGGCGGAAAUUUAUAGAGCCAAAUACUUGGGUUUUUUUGUUUUUUGUUUUUAUUUUGUUUUUGCUUUUUAAAGAAUGAACUUUGCCAGCUGUGGUCCUUUUCGGGCUGCAGGUUGUUUCUGUUCCAGAAAAUAAAGACCAGGAUCUGACCGGCA